UUAAAAUUGUCUGUAGGUCUAGGUUAGUUUCAGAAAUCAAAUUUAAAAACAUGAGUAGAAAACGUAAAUUAAGUAAAAAUAAACAAGAAGAAUUUGAAUUUGAUCCAAUACCGAAACAUUUAGUAGUGGCUCAUUUAAAAGACCAAGAAAAACGAUUAAUUAUCAUUCUGGAAGGUGCACAAUUGGAAACAGUCAAGGUUAGAGAUAAGUUUGAAUUACUAAAUUGUGAUGAUCAUCUCCACAUUUUAAAGAGUAAUAAUCGAGAUAUUGGAUCUUGCAGACCUGAUAUAACACAUCAAUGUUUGUUGAUGUUAUUUGACAGCCCUCUAAACAGAGCAGGACUUUUACAAGUUUAUGUCCAUACAGCUAAUAAUAUUUUGAUAGAAAUUAAUCCACAGACUCGGAUUCCCAGGACUUUCAAACGGUUUUCAGGAUUAAUGGUUCAACUAUUACACAAAUUCUCUGUAAGAGCAGAGGAUGGUCCCAAAUUACUAAAAGUAAUUAAGAACCCAGUAACAGAUCACUUGCCAGUUGGAGUUAAGAAAAUUUGCACUUCCUUUUCUGCUAAGAAAAUACAUAAUUGUAAAGAGCUGGUACCUAAGAAUGAAGAACCAAUAGUUUUUGUAGUAGGAGCUUUGGCUAGGGGUAAUGUGGAUGUAGACUACACUGAAGAUACUGUUUCUAUUAGUAAUUAUCCUCUUUCAGCAGCGUUAACUUGUACUAAGUUAUGUUCUGCAUUUGAGGAAGUAUGGAAUGUGAUUUAAGUAAAAAAAUUGUAUUUUUUUUAUUUAUUAAGAUAAUAUAGUUGAUAAAAAACUUACAUUUUU